CGCUGUCACGUGACGUGCGUGGGGACGUGUCGGCCAUCUUGUGUUGUUGAGGCUGAGGACUGACUUGGGUUCUGAGAGACUCCCUGUCCCGGACCGCAGUGUUAAAAGGACCUGAAUAAAGUCUGCUCAAACCUCCUGCUGUGAACCAGCAGAACUUUUGAACCAGGUUUCUCCUCAAAUAAAAAUCUAUUGUAAACAUACGGAAAAGAAUGGCAGCGGAAACGCAGACGCUGAACUUCGGGCCCGAAUGGCUCCGAGCUCUGUCCAGUGGUGGGAGUAUUACAUCCCCUCCUCUUUCUCCAGCAUUGCCGAAGUAUAAAUUAGCAGACUAUCGUUAUGGCAGAGAAGAAAUGUUAGCACUUUUCCUUAAAGACAACAAGAUACCUUCAGACCUUCUGGAUAAAGAAUUUCUGCCUAUCCUACAGGAGGAACCCCUGCCGCCGUUGGCUCUUGUACCCUUUACAGAAGAAGAACAGAGAAACUUUUCCAUGUCUGUAAACAGUGCUGCUGUCCUGCGACUGACAGGACGAGGAGGAGGAGGCACAGUGGUGGGGGCUCCUAGAGGUCGGAGUUCUUCAAGAGGGCGAGGCAGAGGCAGAGGUGAAUGUGGUUUCUACCAAAGAAGCUUUGAUGAAGUAGAGGGUGUGUUUGGUCGAGGAGGUGGCAGGGAAAUGCAUAGGUCGCAGAGCUGGGAGGAAAGGGGUGAUAGACGUUUUGAAAAACCAGGGCGAAAAGAUGUAGGGAGACCAAAUUUUGAGGAAGGUGGGCCAACAUCAGUGGGAAGAAAGCAUGAAUUUAUACGAUCAGAAAGUGAAAAUUGGCGUAUUUUUAGAGAGGAACAGAAUGGAGAAGAUGAAGAUGGAGGUUGGCGACUAGCUGGAUCAAGGAGGGAUGGAGAGAGGUGGCGACCUCACAGUCCUGAUGGCCCUCGUUCUGCAGGCUGGCGGGAACACAUGGAACGACGGCGAAGGUUUGAGUUUGACUUUCGAGAUCGGGAUGAUGAACGGGGUUACCGAAGGGUGCGCUCUGGCAGUGGAAGCAUAGAUGAUGACAGGGAUAGCUUGCCUGAAUGGUGCUUAGAGGAUGCUGAAGAAGAAAUGGGCACAUUUGACUCAUCUGGAGCAUUCCUGUCUCUAAAGAAAGUACAGAAAGAGCCUAUCCCAGAAGAGCAGGAGAUGGACUUCCGGCCUGUAGAAGAAGGGGAGGAAUGCUCUGACUCUGAAGGUAGCCAUAAUGAAGAAGCCAAAGAACCCGAUAAGACAAAUAAGAAGGAAGGAGAAAAGACAGACAGAGUAGGAGUUGAAGCUAGUGAGGAAACCCCCCAAACCUCCACCUCAUCUGCUAGACCAGGCACUCCUUCAGACCAUCAGCCUCAGGAGGCACCACAGUUUGAGAGGAAAGAGGAACCCAAAACUGAGCAAAUGGAAAAAGCUGAAGAAGAGAGUCGGACAGAAAAUAGUCUAUCAACCAAAGUACCCAGCAGGGGGGACGAAAUGGUUCCUGGUGUCCAGCAGCCCCUGUCACAGAUUCCUUCAGAUACAGCCUCUCCUCUUCUCAUCCUUCCACCUCCUGUUCCCAAUCCUAGUCCUGCCCUCCGGCCAGUUGAAACACCGGUCGUAGGUGCUCCUGGUAUGGGCAGUGUUUCCACAGAGCCAGAUGAUGAAGAGGGUCUCAAACAUUUGGAGCAGCAAGCUGAGAAGAUGGUGGCUUAUCUACAAGACAGUGCACUAGAUGAUGAGAGACUGGCAUCAAAACUGCAAGAGCACAGAGCUAAGGGAGUCUCAAUUCCAUUGAUGCAUGAAGCAAUGCAGAAGUGGUAUUACAAAGAUCCUCAGGGAGAAAUUCAAGGUCCCUUCAAUAAUCAGGAGAUGGCGGAAUGGUUUCAGGCGGGCUAUUUCACUAUGUCUUUGUUGGUGAAGAGAGCAUGUGAUGAAAGCUUCCAACCUCUUGGUGAUAUCAUGAAAAUGUGGGGAAGGGUUCCUUUCUCUCCUGGACCAGCUCCCCCUCCUCAUAUGGGGCUGAGCCUCAGUCAGACCCACUUAAGGGGAAAAUCCAUGGGAAGCUCUGCUUCCUGUCAGGGAGAGUUGGACCAGGAACGACUGACCAGGCAGCAGGAACUCACAGCCUUAUACCAGAUGCAGCACCUCCAGUAUCAGCAGUUCUUAAUACAACAACAAUAUGCACAAGUUCUGGCUCAACAACAGAAAGCAGCACUGUCUUCCCAGCAGCAGCAACAGUUGGCACUUCUUCUCCAACAGUUCCAGGCACUAAAGAUGAGAAUAUCUGAUCAGAACGUCAUUCCCUCAGUAACUAGGUCUGUGUCAGUGCCAGAUACUGGUUCUAUCUGGGAACUCCAGCCAACAGCCUCACAGCCUACAGUUUGGGAAGGUGGUAGCGUAUGGGAUCUUCCCCUGGACACCACCACUCCGGGACCUGCCCUUGAACAGCUUCAGCAGAUGGAGAAGGCCAAGGCUGCAAAGCUAGAGCAGGAGAGAAGAGAGGCAGAAAUGAGGGCAAAACGGGAAGAGGAGGAUCGAAAGAGGCAAGAAGAACUCCGGAGACAACAGGAGGAAAUUCUUCGGAGACAGCAGGAGGAAGAAAGGAAAAGGCGCGAGGAAGAAGAGCUUGCCCGAAGGAAACAGGAGGAGGCUCUGCGACGCCAGAGGGAGCAGGAAAUUGCAUUACGGCGACAACGAGAAGAGGAAGAAAGACAGCAGCAAGAAGAAGCUCUUAGAAGACUGGAGGAAAGGAGAAGAGAAGAGGAAGAAAGGCGGAAGCAGGAAGAAUUGUUACGCAAGCAGGAAGAGGAGGCUGCGAAAUGGGCCCGGGAAGAAGAAGAAGCCCAGCGUCGAUUAGAGGAGAACCGGCUGCGAAUGGAAGAGGAGGCAGCCAGACUCCGGCACGAGGAGGAGGAACGGAAGAGGAAAGAGCUGGAGCUCCAGCGGCAGAAGGAGUUAAUGCGCCAGAGGCAGCAGCAGCAAGAGGCUCUCCGGAGGUUGCAGCAGCAACAGCAGCAGCAACAGCUGGCGCAGAUGAAGCUUCCCUCUUCUUCAACAUGGGGCCAGCAGUCCAAUACGACAGCAUGUCAGUCCCAGGCAACACUAUCAUUGGCUGAAAUCCAAAAACUAGAAGAGGAACGAGAACGGCAACUUCGAGAGGAGCAGAGGCGCCAGCAGAGGGAAUUGAUGAAAGCUCUCCAGCAGCAGCAACAGCAGCAACAGCAGAAACUCUCAGGGUGGGGGAAUGUCAGCAAACCCGCAGGUACUGCAAAGUCCCUUCUGGAGAUACAACAGGAAGAAGCCAGGCAAAUGCAGAAGCAGCAGCAGCAACAGCAGCAGCACCAGCAACCCAGCAGAGCCCGGAAUAAUCCGCAUUCCAACCUGCACACCAGCCUUGGGAAUUCUGUCUGGGGCUCUAUAAAUGCUGGUCCCCCUAACCAGUGGGCAUCUGACCUAGUCAGUAGUAUCUGGAGUAAUGCUGACACUAAAAAUUCCAACAUGGGAUUCUGGGAUGAUGCAGUGAAAGAGGUGGGACCCAGGAAUUCAACAAACAAAAAUAAAAACGCCAGUCUCAGUAAAUCUGUAGGUGUGUCUAACCGGCAGAAUAAGAAAGUAGAAGAAGAAGAAAAAUUGCUGAAGCUCUUUCAGGGAGUAAAUAAAGCCCAAGAUGGAUUUACCCAGUGGUGUGAACAGAUGCUUCAUGCCCUUAAUACGGCAAAUAACUUGGAUGUUCCCACAUUUGUUUCUUUCCUGAAAGAAGUAGAAUCUCCUUAUGAGGUCCAUGAUUACAUUAGGGCCUAUUUAGGAGAUACCUCUGAGGCCAAGGAGUUUGCCAAGCAGUUCCUGGAGCGCCGCGCCAAACAGAAAGCCAGCCAGCGGCAGCCGCAGCAGCAACAGCCGCCGCCGCAGCAGCAGGACUCUGUGUGGGGGAUGAACCACAGUGCACUCCAUUCAGUAUUUCAGACCAAUCAAAGCAACAACCAACAGUCUAAUUUUGAAGCUGUACAAAGUGGCAAGAAGAAGAAAAAGCAGAAGAUGGUCCGAGCAGAUCCCAGUUUAUUAGGGUUUUCAGUCAAUGCUUCAUCGGAGCGACUCAAUAUGGGUGAAAUCGAGACUUUGGAUGACUACUGAGCACCUGCCAGAGCGGACUGGCCUUCCCUCUUUCCUCUGCUGACCAUGGAUUCUGCACCUUUGGACACGACACUUACUCACCAUAUACUCUUUAUCACUGCAACAAAUCACAGAACCGAUCAUCUCAGGCUUUUUCUUCCAGCCCUUUGUGUCCACGAUUCUUUAAACCAUUUUUGUUGGUGAGCAUCUCAGACUGUGGAUAAGUGGACCAGACCCUGUGUCUUGGGGGUGGCAGUUGGGAUUACUCCCCAACAAGGCUGAUUUUGGGCAGACGUGUUUACUGUGCCGUGAUUUCACCUACUGUCUCCCAGAAAGUGUGUUGGGAUCUGCCAAUAGCAAUUUACUUUCUCUUG